GUCGAGUCCGAUGGUCUUCCUGGCGAGUUUAAAGUAUCGGAGAUAUUAAAUCAUGUUGCCAUUUAUUCUCUUUUCGACGCUGCUUUCUCCCAUAUUGACUGAAUCUGAGAAGCAACAGUGGUUCUGCAACUCCUCCGAUGCAAUUAUUUCCUACAGUUAUUGUGAUCACUUGAAAUUCCCUAUUUCAAUUAGUUCUGAACCCUGCAUAAGACUGAGGGGAACCAAUGGAUUUGUGCAUGUUGAGUUCAUUCCAAGAGGAAACUUAAAAUAUUUAUAUUUCAACCUAUUCAUCAGUGUCAACUCCAUAGAGUUGCCGAAGCGUAAGGAAGUUCUGUGCCAUGGACAUGAUGAUGACUAUUCUUUUUGCAGAGCUCUGAAAGGAGAGACUGUGAAUACAUCAAUACCAUUCUCUUUCGAGGGAAUACUAUUUCCUAAGGGCCAUUACAGAUGUGUUGCAGAAGCUAUUGCUGGGGAUACUGAAGAAAAGCUCUUCUGUUUGAAUUUCACCAUCAUUCACCGCCGUGAUGUCAAUUAGAAUAUGCUGAAUACACACACACACACACACACACACACACACAUAUGUAUAUAUAUAUUUUUUUACCC